AUGUCGGGGUUCUCGUUGACGGCGGGGCAGUCGCUCUUUGGCCAGCUGAUUGCGUGGUCGCUGUUGCCACCCAUUCUAAGCAACAUCCUGCUGCGUAUCCUCAUCUCGACGGGGAUUGUGCUUCCCGCAAAAUCUCCGCAGCAGCAACAAACGUAUGCGAAUCGGGCUCGGGCAGCGGUGAUCCUGCUCUACCUCGGACACAAUAUUCUCCAGACCGUUCAGAAUGCCCCGAUCAAUCAUUACGGCCUGUUGGGCCUUCCUAGCGGAACGGAAGCAACGGAGGAGGAGAUAAAGCGGAGGUACAGGCUGCUUGCGAGAGUCUACCACCCAGACAAGGCAGAGUUCAGUGGAGAUGCAAAUGCGGCGAAUAUGUUCAUGCAGAUUCGGAGCGCAGUUGAACUGCUUUCAGAUCCAGACAAAAGGGCCGCGUAUGAUCGCUUCGGACCUGAAGUUCUUACGUGGAGUGAGGCCGUCACGUUGCGCGAGUACAUGAGAACUGGUCUACAGCAGUCGCUUGUCUGGUAUGCAGUGAAUCAAGGCAUGUAUUGGGCAGUGCAGUACCUCAAUGGGAGCCGGCAAAACAAAUUCACUUCUGGCUAUGGGAUCAUUCGCCGUUGA